CAUACGACAUCACUGAACAACAUAAAUUAGAAAGGGAAGCGAGAGCUCAAGUACAGUGUGUGGAGCACCUGCAGACCUGUACUAGUAUAUACAGUGAAUCUGCCACAUGCGUUUGGACUCUUACUGCACAGCCGGUAGAUAUUAAAUGACUAUCGGAGAUUUGUUUCCCCUUAAAGUGGCCGUAGAUAUCUCAUCGAACUUGAUUUGACUAAAUCACCUCCUUUUCUUGAUGAUACAGUGCUGUUUUUAAAUACCGCGGCUGAUAGGAUAUGGCGAGCGUUCAGACGGUGGCCACGCCGGGCGACAGAGCACCUCCUCCCGGCCACAGGCAGCACGGAGCCGCCGCUGCUGCGGGCUCCGGUACCGGUGACAUGAUGAUGUCUUGCUCCGGAUCGGUGGUGCUGCCUGCCGGGGUGAUAAACCCCUCGGUCCCGAUUCGGAAUAUCAAGACGAAAUUCGCAGUUCUCACCAGUCUCAUCCAAGUCGGCGAGGUCAGCAAUAGAGAUAUAGUGGAAACAGUGUUGAAUCUGCUGGUUGGAGGUGAGUUUGACCUGGAGAUGAACUUCAUCAUCCAGGAUGCAGAGGCCAUCAUCUGCAUGCUGGAGCUGCUGGAACACUGUGAAGUCACAUGCCAGGCGGAAAUCUGGAGCAUGUUUACUGCCAUACUACGCAAGAGUGUCCGCAACCAGCAGACCAGCACUGAGGUCGGCCUCAUUCAGAGACUUUUGCUCAGAAUGAGCUCUGUGGACGACAUGAUCGCAGACCUGCUGGUGGAUAUGCUAGGAGUUCUGGCCAGCUACAGUAUCACCGUCAAAGAACUCAAAUUGCUCUUCAGCAUGCUGAGAGGAGAAGGAGGAUUGUGGCCAAGACAUGCAGUCAAACUGCUCUCAGUGCUGACUCAGAUGGCACAGAGACACGGACCAGACACUUUCUUUAACUUCCCUGGGCGAAGUGCAGCUGCGAUUGCGUUACCUCCCAUUGCUAAAUGGCCUUAUCAGAACGGCUUCACCCUCAACACCUGGUUCCGCAUGGAUCCUCUGAACAACAUCAGUGUGGAUAAAGACAAACCCUACCUUUACUGUUUCCGUACAAGCAAAGGCAUCGGCUACUCGGCACAUUUUGUGGGGAACUGCUUGAUUGUGACAUCGUUGAAGUCGAAAGGAAAAGGUUUCCAGCACUGCGUGAAAUAUGACUUUCAGCCCCGCAAGUGGUACAUGAUUAGCAUCGUUCACAUCUACAACCGCUGGAGAAACAGUGAGAUUCGCUGCUACGUAAACGGACAGCUUGUCUCCUAUGGUGACAUGGCUUGGCACGUCAACACCAACGAUAGCUAUGACAAAUGUUUCCUCGGCUCAUCUGAGACAGCAGACGCCAACCGAGUCUUCUGCGGACAGCUUGGAGCCAUCUAUGUGUUCAGUGAAGUGUUAAACCCUGCUCAGAUAUUCGCCAUCCAUCAACUAGGCCCAGGAUACAAGAGCACCUUUAAAUUUAAAUCAGAGAGUGAUAUCCACCUGGCUGACCAUCAUAAGCAAGUUUUGUAUGACGGGAAGUUGGCAAACAGCAUUUCCUUCACUUACAACGCCAAAGCCACAGACGCUCAGCUCUGCCUGGAGUCCUCACCCAGAGAAAACCCGUCCAUAUUCGUGCAUUCGCCUCAUGCUCUAAUGCUACAGGAUGUGAAGGCCAUCGUUACACACUCCAUUCACAGUGCCAUUCACUCCAUUGGUGGUAUCCAGGUGCUGUUUCCUCUCUUUGCACAGCUGGAUUUCCAUCAGCAAAGUGAAAGCCAAGUGGAGAACACAGUGUGGUAA